AUGGGAAAUACAGUAACGACUCCAUGCUUUCAACUCAACACAAAAUCGUCAUCAUCAUCAUCAUCAUCAUCCGUGAAGCUCAUCUUCUGGGAAGGCACAGCAAGAACCCUAAAGGGGAAGCACAUAGCCGGUGAGAUCAUGUUCGAGUUCCCAGAAAUGAUGGUUUGUCAUGCAGAUUCUUUCUUCAUUGGACAACCUAUCCCUUCUUUAUCCAUUGACGAUGAACUCAUGCAUGGCCAAACCUAUUUUGUUCUACCCAUUGAUCGUUUCGUAUGUGACAACCUCUCUGUGUCUUCAAUAUCUGCCUUUGGAUCAUGCCCUAACAAGUCCCCUGUUAAGUUUGGGGCGUGUCCUUUUCAAUACUUGAAGGGUUCUAAUGGAAGGACCUUGAUAAAGGUCACACCAGAAUUCAUCACUAGGCUCAUAAGUGGAGAUAAAGAGAAUAAUAAUGGACCUUGCAGCAGCAGCAACAACAACAGCUUCCUUUGUAGCACUCCUGAAUUGCAAAAGCAUUAUGAACAGCUUGUGAAGUCUAAGGACCAGGUUUGGUCACCUAAGCUUGAAACCAUUUCGGAAUACAAGGUUAGGUUUUCACCAUGCAGAUUCAUAGAAUGGAAAGAAAAAGAAAAGUCUGGGGAAUUGUUUACUAGAUAG